GGCGUUGGCUGGCGAGAGUGUAUGAGACAGUGGUGCCCACACAGGAAUAUUUGUGCUUCUCUCUCUUUCUCUUCUCCCUCUCUCUUGUCUUUUUUUCCCCCUUUCUUUUUUAAUUUGUACUUUUAUUUACUCAGCCGCAGCUUGUUGUUGCGUUUCGUCUCGCCAUGGUCAGCUAGCUCGGACUGUCACAAGUGAAGAGCUUGGCCACAACAGAGGACUUCCCCCAUUCACCUACCUGCCCCCCUUUUUUUAUGUUUUUGUUUUUUGUUUGUUUGUUUGUUUUGCUAACUUCACCGCGAGGAAAAUAUACCUGACACUUGUUUUUGAUUGCUGCCAUUGUGGGACUCCUCCUCCCUCGUGACGGGCAACGCAAGUUCUAUCCCUUAGGAGCUGAAAUAUGCCUACUGUGCGCCUAUAGAAACAACCUGAAAAGACGCACGCUGUAAAGUCCAAAGUGGUUUUAAAUCAUGAUGAUGCAGGAGUCGGCCACAGAGACAAUAAGCAACAGUUCAAUGAGUCAAAAUGGAAUGAGCACCCUAAGCAGCAGCCAAUUAGAGGCUGGCAGUAGAGAUGGGAGAUCAAGCGCUGGUGACACAAGCGGCAGCGAAGUAAGCACAGUCGAGCUGCUGCAUCUGCAACAACAGCAGGCCCUACAAGUGGCAAGGCAAUUACUCUUGCAGCAGCCAGGCUGUGGCCUGAAAUCUCCAAAGAGCCAAGACAAGCAGCGUCCACUGCAGGUUCCAGUCUCAGUGGCCAUGAUGAGUCCCCAGGUGAUCACGCCACAGCAGAUGCAGCAGAUCCUCCAGCAGCAGGUGCUCUCCCCCCAGCAGCUCCAGGCCCUUCUCCAGCAACAGCAGGCAGUCAUGCUGCAGCAGCAACACUUGCAGGAGUUUUAUAAGAAACAGCAGGAGCAGCUUCAUCUCCAGCUUCUCCAGCAGCAACACCCUGGCAAGCAAGUGAAAGAGCAACAGCAGCAGCAGCAGCUGGCCGCCCAGCAGCUCGUCUUCCAGCAGCAGCUCCUGCAGAUGCAGCAGCUCCAGCAGCAGCAACACCUGCUCAACAUGCAGCGGCAGGGCCUGCUCUCGCUGCCCGGGCCCGCCCCCGGCCAGGCCGCCCUGCCCGGACAGACUCUGCCCCCGCAAGCCGGCCUGAGCCCAGCAGAGCUCCAGCAGUUGUGGAAGGAUGUGACCGUAGGCGGAGGAGGCGGCGGCCACGCCGGCCACACCAUGGAGAACAAUGGGAUCAAACACAUUGGCGGCGGCGGCAACAACACAGGCGCGAGCGGCACCGGCGGCCUGGACCUCUCCACCAACAACCACAAUAGCAGCAGCAACUCUUCGUCAACUACCUCCUCCUCCCAUCCCCCCAAAGCGUCACCGCCCAUCUCGCACCAUUCCAUCGCCAACGGACAGUCCCCUGUCCUCAACCACAGACGAGAGAGGGAGCGGGAACGGGAGCGAGAGAGUUCACAGCAUGAAGAAAACGGAGGCUCGCAUCCCUUGUACGGCCACGGCGUGUGCAAGUGGCCCGGCUGCGAGAGCAUCUGUGAGGACUUUGGACAGUUUUUGAAGCACCUAAACAACGAGCACGCCCUGGAUGAUCGGAGCACAGCCCAGUGUCGGGUGCAGAUGCAGGUUGUACAGCAGCUGGAAAUCCAACUUUCGAAAGAACGCGAGCGUCUUCAGGCCAUGAUGACCCACUUGCACAUGCGGCCCUCCGAACCCAAGUCAUCUCCCAAACCACUCAACUUGGUGUCCAGCGCUACCAUGUCAAAAAACCUGCCCUCGGCGUCGCCCCCUAACUUACCGCAGACGCCCACCACGCCCACGGCACCCAUCACCCCUAUGGCGGCCAUGCCCCAGGUACCCUCGGUGCUAGGCGGCGCCAACGUGCCCAGCAUGGGAGCCAUGCGGCGACGCCACUCGGACAAAUACUCAAUGCCUCUGUCGUCGGGUGGUGACACAGUAUUUAUUUUUCCAGAGAUUGCCCCAAACUACGAGUUUUAUAAGAACGCAGAUGUCAGACCGCCGUUUACUUAUGCAACCCUCAUAAGACAGGCUAUUAUGGACUCGUCCGACAUGCAGUUAACGCUUAAUGAAAUCUACAGCUGGUUCACGCGCACGUUUGCCUAUUUCAGACGCAAUGCUGCGACUUGGAAGAAUGCCGUGCGCCACAACCUGAGCCUGCACAAGUGCUUUGUACGCGUGGAGAACGUGAAAGGCGCCGUUUGGACGGUGGACGAGGUGGAGUACCAGAAACGCCGAUCGCAGAAGAUCACAGGAAGCCCAUCACUCGUCAAGAACCUGCCCUCCAAUCUGGGAUAUGGAUCGGCACUAAACGCCAGCCUACAGGCUGCCCUGGCAGAGACCACCCUGCCUCUGUUGGGGACCCCGGGCCUAUUGAACAGCGGUUCGCUGGGCGGCUGCCACGGCCUCCUGGGCGGCGACCCGUCCGGACUGAUGGGCGGAAGUCCGCCCGGGCUGCUGGGCGGCAGCCCGCCGGGCCUCCUCGGCAUCAGUCCCCCUGGCACCCUGAGCUGUAGCCCCCCCACCCUGUUGCAGUCCGCCCUCGACGACCUCAACGGCUCGCUGGACCACCUGGACACCAACGGACACGGCAGCCCCGGGUACUCCCCACUGGGUCACAUGCCGCCCGUGCACGUCAAGGAGGAGCCUCCUAACAUGGACGACGACGACUGUCCCAUGUCACUGGUGACGACGGCCAAUCACAGUCCAGAGCUGGAUGACGACCGGGAGCUGGAGGAAGGGAACUUAUCGGAAGACCUAGAGUGAUUUCCUUUUUUCUAUCCCUUAGUCUUUAUUUCUUUUCCUCCAAGGCCAGACUUCGAACAGAACCACUUCACAAAGUUCACGCAAACUGCCACCCACUCUCCUUUUGUUUCUCCCUCCCUUUCUCUCUCUCUCCUUCUCACCACUGGGACUAUUUAUUGAGCAUGCAUCCGGACGCUCCAAAGGAACUCUCUGGUGCAGCCCUUUGGGAUCGCUAACACUUACAUGUCAGGCAUGAGAUGCCUGCGAAAAAAAAACAAAAAACAAAUGUAUUUGAUCCAAGAUGGCGUGGCUACAAAGGAUGAUGGACUCAUGGAUGGAUGGAUAUAAGGAGGGAGGACAUAAAUGAGCGAAAUUCCAUCUGCCAAAAAGGAAGAAAAUAGGACCAUUUCGUUUGUGAAUAAGCAGAGCCACAGUAGUUGUUGAUGUCUAGAGACAAUUGCUGGUUCAAAUCAAGUCCGUUGUUUCUCUGCUUGUAUGUCGCUACAAUUUGUUUUUCCACUUUUUUGUCUUUUGUUGAAUUCAAAACUCUUUCCACGUAUCAUCUUCGACACCACCAACUGUAAAUGCCAUUCCCAAAGUUCUGAAUUGUUGCAGUCAAAAGUAAGGGAUACAAAUUGAAAUGUCACUCUGUAAAGCACCAUACCAACUGAACAUCCUGUCCAUCCUUAACCUCCACCUUCUGAAAGCUUUGUCUACCUGCAAGCAGUCAAAGGCAACAGCUAGAAACCAAAGCCCAUGCUAGCUUAUUGACAGAAGACGCCAAACUCAGCUACUUUGACCAAGAAGAAGCUUUCGUUCCGCAAAAACUACCUUCGACUAACCUCUGGGAUUAUUUCCUUUUAAGGCCUCCUGAAAAACGCUCCAUGGAGAUCUUCUAGCACGUGUACCGCAGGUUUCAAACGUAUUAAAAACGAAUACAAAAGCUGCAGGCCAGAGAGGAGCUAAAUAUCAAAGUGGAUCAUGACCAAAACAAGAAACGUGUGGAGAAGUGCAGAUUCAUUUUGUUUGACAUCGUGCUCUUUUUUUUUUUUUUUAUUGUUGUUUUUAAUUUAACCAGGCUGGUGAAUAUGUCAUGUUCUAAAUGGCACUGUCACGUCACGACUGAAACCACCGACGAACCAAACAUGACAAAAAUAUCUAGCAAAGCCAAAUAGUAUUCAAGUGGAAAUGGGUGUGGCAUGGUUACCACAAAAAGAGCAACAUACUACCACUUCUACUAAUAAUAAUAUUAAAAUAAUAAUAAUAAUAGCCAUGUCAGAAAGGUGAAAGGGAACCUUUUUUAGGUUAUGUUUGCUAUCCAUCUCGUCUACAGUAUAUCUAGCUGGAUGGAUGGAUGCCCUUACAUUUUGUCCCGCGGAAAUUGUUGUUGCUUUAAUUAAAACACUCAUUUCUGUUGUCAGGAAACCAAAGUUACACAAAAUUCUGCCUCCGCGUGUAUGGGAUUUUUUUUUUUUUUUUUUUUUUUUUUGUGAUCUCAUGAGAAUUUUAGUAGGAUUUGGUACAAAAUUUACGACACCAUGUUACAAACGUUGAAUUAUUAUUAUUAUUAUUAUGAUUUAACAAUUAAUGAUUGUCCAACAUAGUAUCUUGCUUUUGUAUCAAGUUUUAGUGCGAUUUUCUACAGAAUUCUCAUGAGAUGAUGGUACGUGAACAUAGAACCAGAGUUUGCAAUCUGCUAGCAUAUCGAUUAAAAAAAUAAAUAAAAUAAAAAAAUAAAUAAAAAAAAGCUGGGGAUAAACGCAUGCUGUCAAAGAAACCGGCACAAUGACGUGUCAGCCUGCCACAACCAAAGCGGAUACAAGCUGCAAACCAACCAACCAAGCAUUUAGCUUUGAGAACCAACCAGAACGCACGCGCUAGUUCCACGUGGCGAGAGGCCUAGUAACUUGAGUCAACAGGACUUUCUUAAUAAUCUUACCACACCAAAUAAAAGGGAUGUUAUGUCUUUAAAAAACAACAACAAAAAGGUUCUCCCACUUGUUCCCAAAAACAAUUUAAAAAAAAAAAAAAAAAAAAAAAAAAAAAGGCUUUGGAGAAAAAAAUAAAAGCUUCUACCUCUACUCAUUCCGAACAAUGACCACAGAUCGCACGAGAGCUCUUAGUUACACUUUCCCCACGUUUACAUUCCCCCCCCCCCCCCC